UGGCGGUUUCUGUUCGCGCGGCACCACCGGCACCGCCGUUAGUUAGCCGGUCGACGCACGAAUCAUUCGCUAUACGCACGUGUGUCCGAGCGCACAAUCGCCGCGCACGUUUUACCGGCAAGAUUGUCGUCGCAAUAAUUUUUUACAAUUUAUACAACUCGUACACGAAACCGUGUCUUAGUCGACCGUCUCUCUCUUCUCUUACUCUAUCUCUCAUUCUCCUCUCUCUCUCUCGCCAAAUCAGAAGUAACAUUUAAUUCGAAUUAUUAUUCGUUAUUGUUGUCGUCGUUAUCGCGGGACGCUUCCGGUUUUCGUCGCGGUGGCCCCUUUUUCGCUUCCGCGAGAAGAUUCGCUCGUGCCACCGUCGGCCGGCCGUUUCGGAGCCGCAGUGUCCGCGUCCGCCGCGCAACCGGAUGGCAUGAGCCGCAGACCCGUUGCAGUCGCAGUCGCCGUCGUGGUCGCCGCCGUGGCGGCCGUGUCGUCGAUGUCGGCCGCCUUCGCGGACACCGUGUCCGCCGACGUGCUACCGGACGGCGAAGUUGAGAUCCGCGUGAGCUCCGGCAACGUGACAGCUAAACGGACGUCGUUCACUUCACCAGAUACCGGGGAAGAGUUGAUGUUGCACCAAGUCACGGACGGAGUGCAUUUCAUGCAAAUGAUAUACGGAACAGGAAAGACGCUCUUCGACUGCGAGUACGUCAAGGAACCAGAGACGGCCACAGAUUUCAUUCGAGAGUUUUGGAAUGAGGAGCAAGGCAAAAACCACACAGUGGGAUCUUUGACUGGAGAAUACGCCUCUAUGGUAGAUUUCAAACAUUUGAAAAGAGCUUGUCAUAAAAACCACAAGAAAACGAGAAGAAGACUUGCGAACGAGUAUCAGCAGCAGCAUCACGAGAGCACCACUGACGUCGUCGGUAACGACGGCAAACGGCGAAAGAGAGAUCUGCUGUCCGUGUUGAGAGUUCCUGGUACAAAAUGGUGUGGGAAAGGGCGUUCAGCGAAAUCGUACAGACAACUCGACGGGUUCGGUGGAGCGGAUCGAUGCUGCAGGAUCCAUGACACGUCUUGUCCGAUGUGGAUUGGCGCUUUGCAAAGUAAAUACGGUCUGUUCAACUGGAGGCUGAACACGCUCAUGCACUGCUCGUGCGACCGAAGGUUUCGGUCGUGUUUGAAAACGAUCGGUACCGGAUCCGCGAACCUGAUCGGCAAGCUGUUCUUCAACGUGGUGCAGACCAAAUGUUUCGUACUGAAACGCGUGCGGGUGUGCACGAAAAAAACGUGGUGGGGCAAGUGCCACAGGCACGAAAAUAGGAAGAAAGCUUACAUCAGGAACAAUUUUACGUAUUGAACAUUUCGCUUUUGUAUAUAAUUAACCUAUAUAUACGUACAUAUUAUUUAUAAAUAAAUUAUAAGACUUCUUAUUCUUGUCCAACUCUGCAGCAGAGCAACUUAUUUCCCAAAUAGAGUAAAGGUAUUUUCGCAACACACACACUCGCACACACGUAUUAUGUACGAUGUGCCAUAGUACCUAGGUACCACAAUAUGCAAUCAGCUAUAAUUCUUAUUCUUAUACCUACUGCUAAAUUAUGUCAUAUAGUCUUAUAGAUAUAUAAACGAUUUAUGGUUCCACUAAGAUGGCUAAAUUAUGUAUGUAUAGUAGGUACAUUAGACAUAUUUAGAUUAUGAUCAUUAUAAUGUAGCAGCCGAGGUCAAUACAUAUUGCACAUAUUCUCGCGUAGUACCUAUACCUACUUUUAUUCGUACAUCGUUUGUACGUUACAACAUUUUUACCUAUAUUUAUAGGUUUAUCGUUUAUAUUAAUAAGUUUGAUGUUCUUGCUAUUCGACGACGAUUCCAUUUAUCUAUGUUGACUCAACUCGGAAUGAAAUCCACAAUAAUAGAACAUUUCAACCAUAAGUAUCCUAAAUACGCUUUAGACCAUUUCGAAAUAAGUAUAUUUGGCCAUUUGGAAAAAUGUACUGAUCAACAGAUCGAAAACAACAACUGAGACCAACAAAUAUUGAUUAACUUCGCCAAUCACGGCCAAAUGUGUAUUUAUUCAUUAAAAAAUACGCCAAUCCUCAUAAUAUUAAUUGUAGGUACGUAUUGUGUUACAUGACUCUAAAUUAUGAUAUCCACGUACCUACAUUAAAUUACGUUUACGAGGAAUGACCUGGAGUGUGUGCGGUUUAAAAAAAAAUACAUUUCGAUGUGUGAACAAUCAACUAUUAUAUAGUAUUAUUUCUAAAAGUCGCUACUAUAGUUUGUAUGAAUAAUAAAUUAAUAUUUCCUUUAA